AAGCGGCAGUGAGAUUUGGAAGUCAGGAGCAAAGGUUAGUUCAUUGGGAGGAGGUCCACAACGGAUUUAUGGCUAUGAAAAAGGAGGAUUGCCGGUUUGGGUGCAAGUUAUGGGUGCAAGUUAUGGGUGCAAGUUACUAUCGGUCUAAGCAUACCUGCAAUGUUUCUCCUACUCUGUUUUAUGUCCUACGUCAAAUGGAGGACACAAAUAUUGAAAGUUAUCAGAAAAAUGAAGAAAGGGUUCAUUCGCGGGAUAGGUGCUAUAUCCGAAGGUUUCACCAUUCUAGGAAUAAUGACAAGACAAAUUCGAGAUGGCAAAAAGAAUCCUGAAUUACAGUUCUUCGACUUCGAAAGCAUAGUUUCUGCCACAAACAAUUUUGCAGAGGACUGUAAGCUGGGACAAGGUGGUUUUGGGCCUGUUUAUAAGGGAGUUUUGGGUGAUGGCCUAGAAGUAGCCAUUAAAAGACUGUCGAAGAAUUCUGGGCAAGGAUUGGAGUUCAAGAAUGAAACUAUUUUGAUUGCCAAACUUCAACACACAAAUCUGGUUAGGCUGAUUGGUUGCUGCAUUGAUAGAGAAGAGAAAUUGUUGGUGUACGAGUACAUGCCCAAUAAAAGCCUUGACUCCUUCCUCUUUGACUCGGAGAAGAAGUUAAUAUUAGACUGGGACAAGCGUUUUCACAUAAUCCAAGGGAUAGUUCAAGGACUACUCUACCUUCACUACUAUUCAAGAGUACGAAAAAUUCAUCGAGAUUUGAAAGUUAGCAAUAUCCUACUAGACAAUGAGAUGAAUGCAAAAAUAUCAGAUUUUGGUAUGGCUAGGGUGUUUAAACCAUCCGAGCAUGAAGCAAACACAAGUCGGGUGGUUGGAACAUAUGGGUAUAUAUCACCGGAAUAUGCAAUGGAGGGCAUUUUCUCGAUAAAGUCAGACGUGUACAGUUUUGGAAUAUUAUUGUUGGAGAUCAUAACAGGCAAAAAGAACUAUAACAAUUAUGACACAGAACGGCCUUUGAAUCUCAUAGGAUAUGCGUGGGAGCUGUGGGUGAAUGGGAGAGGAGAAGAGCUGAUUGAUUCGGAUUUUUGCAACUCUGAUCAGAAACCAAAAGUUCUAAGAUGCAUCCAUGUGGGUCUUUUGUGCGUACAACAAGCACCGGCAGACAGGCCGACGAUGCUGGAUGUUUAUCUAAUGAUUAACAAUGAUUCUACUCAAGUUCUACCUCCCAAGCAGCCUGCAUUCUUCAUUUCUCAAAACCCAAACUCGUCGGAGCUUGAACCGGAGGUGGUCGACAGUGGGCGGCUCAUACGGCCUGCACAGCCACCACAGGAAAUUUGUUCAUUGAGUACUAUGUCAGUCUCGGUGAUGGUGGCCAGGUGAAGCCACUGCUAUGUUUUUACUUCAAACUGUCCU